AUGACUUCAAAGAACUCAGCCUCUCUUGCCCUUUUCUUUGCCCUCAACAUCCUCUUUUUCACUUUUACUGGUGCAACUGAUUGUGGCUGCAGACAGAGUCCUACCCCUAGGCGGGUCCCAAUUCCUAACCCUAGGCCGCUAGUCCCAAGUCCUAACCCUAGGCCGCUGGUCCCAAGUCCUUCGGUGCCAAGUCCUAACCCUAGGCCACUGGUCCCAAACCCUUCGAUUCCAAGCCCUUCCGUCCCAAGCCCAUCCUUUCCAAGCCCUUCGGUCCCAAGUCCCAGCACCCCUGGCUCAUCUGGAAACUGUCCUAUAGAUGCCCUCAGGCUCGGUGUAUGCGCAAACGUCCUAAGUGGUCUACUUAACGUGCAAUUAGGUCAGCCAUCAGCUCAACCAUGUUGCUCAGUCAUCCAAGGUUUGGUUGAUCUCGAAGCUGCGGUUUGUCUUUGCACUGCUCUCAGGGCUAAUGUUCUCGGCAUCAACCUUAAUGUUCCUAUAUCUCUCAGUGUUCUUCUCAACGUUUGUAACAAGAAUCUUCCUUCUGGUUUCCAAUGCUCUUGA